AUGGUGAAGCCAGACAGCUGUAAGUGGAUGGCAGCAUGUCCUCAGCAGGAGUUUAAUAAAGCUGACACACUGAAGAAUCUUAAAGUGGAUCGCCGUCCUCCGCUCGUGCUAAAUAUAGCCUUGGCACUGCAGCAUGUUAUGGUCCAUGCCUCUCUGUGUGCAUUGGUGGUUGGAGCAUUAGUGCCUCAGGCUGAGAAGGAAAAAACAGCUGCCUCUGUGUUCUUUUACUCUGGUGUUUCUACACUCCUCCAGACUUGUUUUGGAUCACGUUUGCCAUUGAUCCAGGCUCCAUCGUUGGACUUCCUGGUUCCAGCUCUUGUCUUGCUUUGUGCACGGCCAAGGAGCCAUGCAGCCUGCAGGGGGCAGUGUGAUCAAUCAGAGCAGUUUGAGGUCCCGCCACACCAACUGAGAGAGUUGCAGGGCGUGUCUGUAGUAGCAGGUCUGGUGCAGUUGGCAGUGGGUUUGUGUGGUGUGGGUGGAGCCAUGCUGACCCGAUGUGGCCCACUCGUCCUCACUCCUGUGUGUUGCAUGCUGGGAUUCUCCAUCUACAGAGAGGCAGCUCUGCUCUGCUCAGACCACUGGGGCUUUGCUCUGCUGACUGUAGUUUUGCUGGUGUGUCUGUCUCAGCACCUGCGUUGCUGGACUCUGUCUGCCCACAUAAAGCUCUCGCUGUGCUCCGCUGUCAGUAUGCUCUCAGUGCUGCUGUCUGUGCUGCUGGUGUGGAUUGUGUGUGCUGCCCUGCACCACUGGGGAUGCAUCACUUCGCACUCUGUCUCUGAACUGCUUUUCAAGGAUGGUUUAAACGCAACCCCUUUUCAGGAUUGGAUGGCUGCAAAUUCAUCGAACCUGCUUUCUCCAGAUCCUUCAGCAACGUGGCUUAGCCUGCCCUUACCAAGUCUUGGGCUCCCCCUGCUGUCUGGUGAUAGUAUUGCAGCUGGAACUGCAGCAGGGUUGUCCUCUUGUAUCAGCUCUCAGGUGGUGUAUGUGUUAACAGCCCGGCUCCUGAAAGCUCCUACACCUCCAGCACAGGCGUGUAACAGGGGGGUGAGUGUUGAGGGGCUGGGCAGCGUACUCGCCGGGCUGAUGGGGGCGCCAGUGGGGCUCUGCAGCAGUGUGCCGAAUGCAUGUAUGACCAGCCUGAGCCAGUGUGGGUCUCGAGCCACAGUGCAGCUCGCCGCUGUGAUGCUGCUGGUUCUUGGUCUGUUCCUACAACUAACUCAGCUGCUCACUUCAGUCCCUCUGGCGAUCCAUGGUGCUGUCCUCAGUGUGACCUACACAGUGGCUGCAGCGACAGGAAUAACGUACCUCCAGUACACAGAUGUGGACUCGGGGCGCAACAUUUUCAACACCGGCUUCACAGUGUUCAUGUCUCUAGUGCUUCCUCACUGGUUCAGAAUGCAGUCUGGAUUUAUCGACACUGGUGUACACGGUCUUGAUAUAUUUUUGCAGUCUUGUCUGAUGCUGCCUGUGUUUUUAAUCAGCAUUUUGUCUUUUCUACUGGACCACACAGUUUCAGGAACCCUGUCUGAGAGGGGGCUUGAACGGGAUCAGAGCUCUAAGAAGAUACAAUCGUUAGCCAAUAAGCCCCAAGAAAACAGCCAAAGCCUAGUGACCGUGUACGAGGUUCCACAACCUGUGAGGAAAGUGCUGGAUUGGCCCGGUCUCCGUACCUUUCCUUUCUGUGCCUGUAGGAGCCUGGAGGUGGAGAAAAUCACAGUGACGUCUGCAGAGAUGUCAAACUUAUUACCUCAGUAG